AUGAUGCAACACUAUCAAGGCGCUAUUCCAAUCUGCAGGAAAAUUGGUGUUCCAGAUCUCUUUAUAAUUUUUACCUGCAAUCCCAAAUGGAAGGAAAUUUCAGAAGCUCUAGCUCACAUACAAAUUCAGCGACCAGAAGAUAGACCCGAUAUCGUUGCUAGGGUAUUCAAGAUAAAAUUGAAGCAUUUGAUGGAAGUUCUCCGAAAAGGAAAACAUUUUGGGAAAGUCAAAGGAGAAUUUCAAAAGAGGGGCUUACCACAUGCCCACAUUUUAUUGUUUCUGGAUAAGAAGGAUAAACCAGAGACACCAUCCGAUAUUAAUAGAAUUGUCACAGCAGAGAUACCUGACAAGGAGAAGGAUCCUGAUGGAUACAACGCUGUUGUCAACUACAUGCUGCAUGGACCCUGUGGACUACUAAAAGAUGGUUCACCAUGCAUGAGAAACGGGAGACGUGAUGACGGCAGAAUUGCCAAUAAAAAUGGUAUUGAUCUGGAUAAUACGUGGGUUGUUCCUCAUAACAGGGAUUUGAUAGUUAUGUUUAAUGCGCACAUCAAUGUUGAGGGUAAAAAUCGAGUGACUGCUAUACUCGAAAAAGAUCCAAACAUGAAUGAAGAUACUGGGGAAGAGGAAGUAUUAAUUGAUGAAAUAAAUAAUUACUUGGAUUGUCGGUAUAUAUCUGGGGCAGAAGCAUGUUGGAGGAUUUUCGAUUUCGACAUUCAGUUCCGUGAUCCAUCAGUGGAGAGGCUACCAUACCAUUUGGAGGGUGAACACCGGGUAAUAUAUCGUGAUACGCACGAUGUAGAAGAUGUAUUGGAUAACCCAAGCUCCAAUAUCACGAAAUUUCUAGAAUGGUUUGAAGCAAACAAGAAGUAUCCAGAAGCAAGGGAGUUGACUUAUGCAGAUUUUCCAUCUGAAUUUGUAUGGGACAAACAACGCAAAGAGUGGCGACCAAGGCAAAGUGGGAAUACAGUCGCUCUUGGAUUGCUCUCGGACGACAAUGAAUGGCACGCUCGUCUGCAGGAAGCAUCAACAUACAACACAGGUGACUUACUGCGCCAGAUGUUUGUCAUAAUGUUGAUUUUUUGUAAAGUAACCGAUCCAAAAAAAUUAUGGGAAAAAAAUUGGAGUUUGUUAGCCGAAGUAAUUGAGCACCGAGAGAGAAAAAGAAGGCGCAACUUACAUCUGGAACUUACUGAAGACCAGUUAAAAAACCUCACCUUGAUUGACAUGGAAGAAUUAAUGAAGAGAAAUGGUAGAACUCUUGCUGAGUUCCCCUCCAUGCCUAUCCCAGAGAAGGAAAAAGAGUAUGCUUAUAAAAAUAAAUUAAUAGAUGAAGAGAUCGAUUACGAUAAGGAGAAACUAAGGACUCAACAUAUUAGCCUGAAGAAUGGUCUUAACUCGGCACAAAGGGAAAUAUUCGAUGAUGUUAGCCAGUCUAUCGAACGAGGUAACGGUGGUUUAUUCUUUGUUUAUGGGAGCGAUGGCACUGGAAAAACCUAUCUUUGGAACACUAUAAUAACCGGUCUACGUGCAAGAUCCAAGGUUGUUUUGGCAGUUGCAUCUUCUGGUAUAGCAUCAUUGUUACUUCCCGGAGGAAGGACUGCACAUUCUCGGUUCAAAAUACCAAUAUCUUUGGAAGAUAAUUCCACGUGCGAUGUUAGUCAUGGGACUCAGUUGGCAGAGUUGAUAUGUAAAGCUGAAAUAAUCAUUUUGGAUGAAGCACCGAUGAUUCACAUACAUGCUUUUGAAGCUCUAGAGCGAACUGUAAAAGAUCUCAUGAAUCCAAGCAAGGACAAGACGAAAUAA